UCAAUACUAAUUUCUUUUGGGUACUUCAUUUAAAUCAGACAACUAAUAUAACUUCAUCACUUUGGUUUCGUCGUUGGAGUCUUUGCGGUUAUGGUUUCACUGCCUCAAUAAUUCAGAGAA